AGAUAUCUUUGGUUGAGUUAUUGUUAUGACAGAGAGCAGCUUGUCAACGGCGGGUGUGGCAGAAAAUGAAAUCGUAUAGACAUUGGUUUAUUGUUUUCCAAUGUGUUACAUCUUUGUUUGUGCGGGGAACCUCCAGUGCUCAGUGUUGGCUAAAUGGGGACGAACUGAGCCUGGAAAACACAAAUGGAACAAGUGCUUCCCUGAGACGGAAAGAAGGGCUUCUGACGUGCCCUGGUCCAGGUGACCCUAGUCAUUAUACGGAGUGCUGUUGGGAUUCACGUUAUCAGUGCUGCCCUGUCCAGUCAGCAGCCUCAAUGGAUGAUCAGCUUGUGAAGGUUGUUGGUGUUGCUGUCAUAUCCUCCUGCCUACUCCUGACCGUGGGUACUAUUGUCUGCUGCUUCUGGAGCCGGUGCCCUCUCUACAAUGCCUGUCGCAUCAACUACACACAUGGCACCAGUAUAGCAUAUGCCAAAGAUGAUGAUGUAGCAAAUGGAAUAAUGCCUCCAGAAGAAAAAAGCAAUCAGCAUCACUAUACUCCAAAUGCUGUAAACAUCAAACAAUUUGAAAAUGUCUAGAUCUCAGUGAUUAAUGUUUUAAAGUUCCUAGUUGGUAAUAUGCAGAUUUUUUUAUUUUUAUUCUUUUUUUUUUUUUGUCUUGGUGUUGCACAGAAGUAACCUGUAAGAUACAUACAGGUCCUUGCAAAUGACCACAAUGAUAUUAUAGUAAUUUGAAUGCAUGAGAGAGAUUCACUUCUGAACCAAAGAAAAAUCAAAAAACACUGCAUAGUCUGUAUAAUAGCAUUUAUAACUAAUUUAUAACUAUGUGCAACUUUGGCAGCAGUGGCAUUAUUUUUGCGUGUUUUAAAGUGAUAUAAUUUUAGGAAGCAAUUCUAUUCUAGACACCUUACAAGAAAUGCUGUAAUGGUAUAAUUAUGCUUGUGUAUUAGAUGGGUGUGGCAUGCUGAACACACACUGGAUAAUCUCUACAAAUGUCAGUGACAUGUAUAUGUGAAUUCUGUUUCUGUGAGUGGUAGACUGAUUGCUUAUAGUAGGACCACACAAACAGUUUGAAGCUUGAUAGCUCUCGGUUUGUGUACCAUGCUCAUUGUGUGCCAUUUCUUCUAUCAGUAAAAUUAUGUUAAUGUAGCAGUUUUGACCUCUGUCCUAUUGAUCUUAUUGUUCAACUUGAACAGAAAAAUGUCACAUUGUUGUGUAAGGGAAGUGUGUAAACUUUCAGCAACCACAUGAAACUGGAAGAGAAUGGGAUGACAAAAGAAUGGGAAAUGUUGUACAGAAACAGAUGUUUUCAGUCUUGUGAAUUAGUAAUUAGGGUAGUGUACUUUCUUUAACUGAUGAUAUACUGAAAAGUCAAAACUACAUUUUGUAAAUAAGCUAUUGCAAUUAGCUUCUACGUAUGUCUAGAAACUUCAUUGUGAGUCUACGUGGUAUGAAAAUUUUCACUUGGGUUGUUCGUUAAAUGUAUGGAAUUAACUUGACAGUUGUUCUCAUGUGGUUGUACUAGAUACUGGAAUUAGCACUGUUUUUAGUGAAUGUAUAUUGCUAAGUAGUAUUUUGGAUAAGGCUGCUCUGACACAGCCUUUGGUGUCUAGUGCCUUAUAUUUUAUGCCAUCACUAAGAGCUUCUUAACUGAAGUGUCUUCAAAUCUAUCAGAAUGCUAAGACUGUAAUUUCUCUGCUCAGCCAUAAAAAAGUCCAGUCCACAAUUAUAACAGACCACUUUUGUACAUUUAGUUAAAAUUUGCUUUCUAGGAAACUUUCUGUCAAAUACGCACAUUCACAGGAUUAGUUUGUUUGAUGGAAGAAAUUGUUAGUUUCUGGAAUAACUAUAUUCUCUCUUGCUGCAAGCUUUCAUGCUGUGGGCUAUAACAACAGAUAGUAUAAUAAUAAUAAUAAUAAUAAUAAUAAUAAUAAUAAUAAUAAUAAUACUUUAGCAUCAUCACCACAAUCUUACGUCUAGCCAUGCUAUAUGUUUUGUUACUUCUUCUUGUACAUAAGUUACCAUUUUUGGAGCUUUAUGGUAAUUAAUUCUAUUGGUGAAGUUGACAGAAAGUAGACCGAACAAAAUAAUGCAUGAGUACUGACAAGAAAAACCUCUGUGCCAUAUAUUAUAUUUUAAAAAGUGAUAAAAGGACGUAGUUGCAUCACAGUUUUUAUCUUCACGAGUGUCUGUUAUCUUUGUCAUUGAUGCAAGUAUAGAUGUAAAUUCUCAAAGAGCAACUGACCUACUUUGAUUUAUUAUUUCUUUAUGUGUGUUUCUCCAUUUGUGUUUGAUACUCCCAUAUCAGAACAGAGGUAGACAUCUGGAACUCAUUAUUUCAGGGUUUUCAUGUGCGGCAACAACUAUUCGUAAAGAAAGAUUUUGCAAGGAAACAAACUGUUAUCAGUUAAAUUGAUUAAUUGAAGACUUGCUGUGAGGAAAGUAAUUAAUUUCAACUCCCCUCCCUCCCUCCCUCCCGUCAUCAUUCUCGGCCAUAUCUGGACCAUGAAUAAAUAUCUACAGAUAGGAACAGUGGAGAGUGUGUUGGAUCAUGUUGAAGUUAAAGCUUUUCAUAGUAAUAUUCUAGUUCUCUACUAUGAAAAUAGACUCAUUGACUCUCAGAAUAUCUUUGAUAAGUUAGGACAAGGUAGUGUUCAUGGUUAAUCACAAUAAUUGUGUGUAAUAGCAGAAAGAAAAAUAAUUUUACAUUAACUCAAACUCAUAAGUUUGCAUACACAAUAUUUCAGAAGACAUUUGUUAAUUAAAUUUGAGGGCUUCCUGUGUGUGUUGUGAUUUGCCAUCCAGCCAAAAUGUCUCAUGCAGUACCGUCUGGGCCAAAUAUUUUAAGAAAUUAUUAACAUGUAUCUAUUUAGAUCAUACUGAUAAGUUCAACUAUUGUAAAGAUAGUUGUACUAUCCACUUAUUAUUUAGUUGUCGUAAGUUCAAUAAUUUUUCCAUAUUAUGGUCUGGUUGAUUUCCAUUAUAGUUAGAUGCAUUUGUUUGAAUUAACUCUACACACAUGGGAGAAAGCAGCCUCAUGCCUGUAUAAUUAGAGGAUUUAGUAGAAUUUUUAAUUGUUUACGUAUAUGUGUGUUGUUAAAACAGGACAUUGAGAAAGUAGGUAUGAGUGAGAAAGUAGGUAUGAUGUAAUGGAGUACUGUUAACGAAAUUCAACUGCACCCCCCCCCCCCCCUCCCUCCCUACUGAUUCUAAAAUUAUUUUCAAUAUCAUUGCUUUUGUGUGGGUGGAGUUGCUGUGGGGAAAAAGAAUAAUAAAGCACAAUGUGCCUGUGCAUUACCUCAAUGGAAACUAUCAUUCCGAUUUUUGUUACAUGUAAAACAUUACGCAUAAUUUUAUAUGCUUCAUUGACAGAGCAUCCCCAGAUUAGUACAUUUGGAUUUUGUUGACGCUGAGGAGAAAUGAGAGAAUAAAGCAGUAUGUUGAGCAGUGAUGAAUAAAUUUGCUGUGUGGGUAUAGUGUGAAAAUACUAUCAUGCAACACACUCGGCUGCCACCAGCCGUUUCUCCUACAAGUUGCCAGGUGAUUUCUUUCUGUUAUAUCAGAAGAUAUUUCAUAUUCUAUUUUCUAUAUAGGUACCAUCAGACCAAAUAAAUGUUGCAUAUUAAGUUUAAGAUGAAAGACCAAGUACUAACAAAAAAUUUCAGUUCUCACAAUAAUGAAUAAAAAUAAAUAAGUAUCAAUGUUUUGUUGUACUGACAAUAAAUUUGUUCAACUGAGUGCUGCACAAAAUGAGUUGAAGCCAUUCUAUUAGGUGGACACAACAAAUUACAUUUAUUUUUAUUCAUUAUUGUGAGAACUGACAUUUUUCGUUAGUACUUGGUCUUUCAUCUUAAACUUAAUAUGCAACAUUUAUUUGGUCUGAAUAGAAAACAGAAUAUGAAAUAUCUUCUGAUAUAACAGGAAGAAGUCACCUGGCAGCUUGUAGGAAAAACAGCCUUUUGUGUGUGUGUGUGUGUGUGUGUGUGUGUGUGU